AUGGCGCAGCAGCCGGGGCAGGAUCGGCCGUACGGGCGACAGGGGCAGAGGAUGCGGUUGGAAACGGUAGCGGGUUGGGUGGCGUGCUUGGGUGUGAUGGCGUUGAUCGGGGUCACACACGCCAGCCAGCCGCCCAACGGGCGCGUGUGGGUCGAUGACGAUGGCACCAUGCACAUCAACUCGAACAAUCGCGUCGAGGUCACCGGUUCCAACGUCAUUGUCAACGGGAUGGAUGUCGUGCGCGCGCUCAAGGCCAUUCUCGAGGCCAACCCGAGUUCAACCUGGCAGGCGCCAACUGCUCGGAUCCUGUCAGCCUCAAGCAUGUCUGUUUCUUCUGUCUACGCAGCUGACCUGGACAACGAUGGUCGUAUGGAUGUGCUCAGCGCUGAUGCUGGCUCUAGUACGGUGGCAUGGUACCGCAACAUUGGUGACGGUUCUUUUUCUGCACAGAUCAUCAUCAACACAAACGCCGAUGGUGCAGUCUCGGUGUAUGCUGCUGAUCUGGAUAACGAUGGCGACCUGGAUGUCCUGAGCGCCAGCAGUACUGACGACAAAAUUGCUUGGUAUCGCAACAACGGCGAUGGUGCCUUUUCUGCGCAGAUUGUCAUUUCCAAUUCGGCUCACGGUGCCAUCGACGUUUAUGCCGCCGAUCUGGAUAACGAUGGCGACCUGGAUGUCCUCAGCGCCAGUCAUUAUGACGAUAAAAUUGCUUGGUAUCGCAACAUCGGCGAUGGUGCCUUUUCUGCACAACUUAUCAUUUCCACUGCGGCUGACAGUCCUCGCUCUCUAUAUGCGGCCGAUCUGGAUGGCGACGGCGAUCUGGAUGUCCUCAGCGCCAGCGCGAAUGAUGACAAAAUCGCGUGGUACCGCAACAACGGCAAUGGUGCCUUUUCCGCACAAAUUGUCAUCUCGACUGCGGUCGACGGUGCCAUUGACGUUUACGCCGCCGAUUUGGAUGGUGAUGGCGACUUGGAUGUCCUCAGCGCCGGUCAUAAUGAUUACACAAUCGCCUGGCAUCGCAACAACGGUGAUGGUACCUUUUCUGAUCGGAUUCCCAUCGCGACCGAUGCGCAAAGUGCCACCGCCGUGUAUGCGGCUGACCUCGACGGGGACGGGCGCCUCGAUGUUCUCAGUGCCAGUGAAGCAGACAACAAAAUCGCAUGGUAUCACAACAACCAAGAUGCCACCUUUUCCUCCCCACUCGUCCUCACGACCUCCGCCAAUAGCGCCUUUUCCGUGUUUGCAGCCGAUCUGAAUGGCGAUGGAAUGCUUGACGUCCUCAGUGCGGCGCGAGCUUCCAACACGGUGGCCUGGUACCCCAACAAUGGAAAGUGGGCACCGUGGGCUGACUAUGUCGAGAGCAUGUGA